GUUAGUCGCAUGCACUGCCACGCCAGGGCAGUUGCGCCAAGGCGCUCAAGGCAAAGCAUAUCGCCUAGUUCCGCCCUUCUCUUACAACAUGGGCUGCUGUGGCCAGUCAGCGCUCUCAUCCAAUAAUCCCGACACUCAGUACGCUAACAGAGUCCAACAAGUGAACAACGGUAUCAUUAGCCAGCAACCUGGUCCUCAUCCAGGCGCUCAACACCACAUACAGCCAUUUCAAGACAAAUCACCAUUGCUAAUCCCUUCUGGGCCUUCUCCACCUCCACCAAGCUUUCAACAGAACAACCACUCGAUAAAUGGCACUCCUUGGACUCACACUCCCUCACCACCUCCUCAAGGCCCGAACUAUUCGACUCCCUUGAGUCCAAACCUUCAACUCGGAGGCGCACCAUUGAUGCCACCCCCAGCUACCUAUGCUCCUACAGGACCACCAAAUUCUUCCAUGUUCUUUCCGCCUCUCUUGCACCCAGAUCCCAUUCAUGCCCCGUCAAGGAACGCACCUUCUGUAUCUACUGUAGUAACUCCUGGCAGAAUUGAUCCGGCGCCUCCAGACGAGGGGAAAAUGUCCAUCUCUAUCGACUUUGGAACUACCUUUUCUGGUGUCGCAUAUGCAUCGUCUCGAAUUGCGUCCGGGAAGAUACAGCAAAUCCUGCAUUGGCCUGGAUCUUUUGAAACUUUCCGCAAGGUGCCUACGUGCUUACUAUACGAUGAACAUGGUCAAGUUCUUGCUUGGGGGUUGGAAGCGAAGAACGCUAGCUCUAUGCCCGGUACUACGCGCUGUGAAUGGUUCAAGCUUUUUCUCGAGCCACGUGCUCUCCGUGAUGAAAGUGCUAUUGACCCUCGACUACCCCAAUUACCUCCUGGUAAAGUAGCAAUGGAUCUCAUCAUCGACUUCUUAUCGUGUCUGUGGGAAUACGCUAAAGAGCAGAUUACCCGUGACAUUGGUGCUGUGGCAGAUCUCAACUCGGCUGAUGUACUCGUGACAUGCCCGGCAGCCUGGGAUGCCAAAGGAUGUGAUAUGAUGCGCGAAGCUGCUAUUGCCGCAGGCCUCGUGCAGUCGGCUCAUGCAGGUGAUGGUAACUGGCGCGACAGGCUGCGCAUUAUCACAGAACCAGAGGCCGCGGCUGUCCACUGCGCCAGACUUACGGAUCUGCACAAGCUCAAGCCGAACCAGAAUUUCAUGAUAUGCGACGCUGGUGGUGGUACAGUCGAUCUUGCCGUCUACAAGAUCAUUGGGCAAAUGUCUAACCUCGAGAUCGCCGAGAUGUGUGCUCGAUCUGGAGCCAAUUGUGGCUCGCUUUUCCUCGAUUUGAGAUUUCGAGAGCUUGUAAAAACUCUUUUAGCUGACCAUCCUGCUCAUUUGGACGCCGCUAGUCUCGCAUAUUUCAUGCAUUCUUUCAGCCAAACCGAUAAGCUCGCAUAUAGGGGCGAGAUUGACGAUGACACAUAUUUCAACUUCACAUGUUUCAAUGUACAGGAUCCCCACGAUUCCUCUGUUGGAUUGAUCAAUGGAGAACUCGCGAUUCCAGGGAAUCUCAUUCGCCGAGAGGUCUUUGAUCCUGUUGUGACCCAGGUACUGGAAAUGAUCGAAGAACAGUCGAAGAAGGUAGAGCAACGCAUCGACGCACUGCUUCUCGUGGGAGGCUUCGCUGGCAGCGAAUAUCUCAUUAGACGAGUUGAGGCUCAGUUUUCGGGAAGAAUCAAGGUCAUCGCUCGCCCUUCUGAUGCAGACACGGCUACGGUGCGAGGUGCCGCAUUGUACGGACUUUCUCGCAAAUCAAUUGUAUCCACUGUGAUCGCUCCACGGUCCUACAUCAUGAAAGUGAAACUGCCUGCUGAGCCGGAGGACUGGGCCAAACGGCCUGCAUACAUAAAGGAGAACAAUGCAAAUGUUCCUAUUUGUGACAACCGCUUACAAUACUUGGUUAUGAAGGGCGCUAUUCUGCGAAAAGGCCAAAUAUUGAGGACGAAAUUUUGCAAAUUCUCACAGAAUGGACAGGAUUGUAACUUCGUAGCCGUAUUAUAUACUUCCGACUCGGACAAGAUGAUGCGAUACACUGAUGAAGGCGAAACGGUGGAGCUCUGUAGAUGGACUGUUAAUCUGAAUUCCCUGCCCACGUUCCAGCACAAUGCCAGCAUACCGCAGCCCAAUGGCUUCUUUACAGAAUUCGAAUUAGGACUGGAGAUUGAUAGUGCGGAGGUCCGAGGUGUUUUAUUUUACGAGGGGCAGGAAUGGAGUCGAGUUGUCUUUGAUUUUCUGAAUUGAUUGGCAUGGUGACUGCAAGUAACAGUACUGGGUUUGCUUAAUCUCAUGUUGCGUUAUUAUUUAAUGUUCCUGGCAAUGACCUAAAAUACGUUUGACUGGAACGGAAGAG